UGUCUCUCUCUUUUCUCUCUCCCUCUCUCUGGGCCAUGAUCCUGGGACUGUCUGUGGCAGAGGAACUGUUUUAGACACCUUCCCGCCUUUCCGUUUUCAGGCCUCAAGGCUGGCUGAGUAGCUGGCUGCCUACUUGGCGCCCCACUUCUAUGUCUCAACUGAAGAAUGUGGAAGCCAGGAUCCUCCAGUGUCUCCAGAACAAGUUCCUGGCCAGAUACAUUUCCCUCCCAAACCAGAACAAGAUCUGGACGGUGACUGUGAGCCCUGAGCAAAAGGACCGCACGCCCCUGGUGAUGGUGCAUGGCUUCGGGGGUGGCGUGGGACUCUGGAUCCUCAACAUGGAUUCGCUGAGUACCCGCCGCACGCUUCACACCUUCGACCUGCUUGGCUUCGGGCGAAGCUCAAGGCCAACGUUCCCGAGGGACCCAGAGGGGGCCGAGGACGAGUUUGUGACCUCGAUAGAGACAUGGCGGGAGACCAUGGGGAUCCCCAACAUGAUCCUCCUGGGGCACAGUUUGGGAGGAUUCCUGGCCACUUCUUACUCUAUCAAGUACCCUGAAAGAGUAAAACACCUCAUCCUGGUGGACCCAUGGGGCUUCCCCCUCCGACCGACCGACCCCAGUGAGAGCCGUGCUCCCCCAACGUGGGUCAAGGCCGUGGCGUCUGUCCUAGGGCGUUCCAAUCCUUUGGCUGUUCUUCGAGUAGCUGGGCCCUGGGGGCCUGGCCUGGUGCAGAGAUUCCGACCAGACUUCAAGCGCAAGUUUGCGGACUUCUUUGAAGAUGAUACCAUAUCAGAGUAUAUCUACCACUGCAAUGCACAGAAUCCCAGUGGUGAAACGGCAUUCAAAGCCAUGAUGGAGUCCUUCGGCUGGGCCCGGCGCCCCAUGCUGGAGCGCAUUCACUUGAUUCGGAAGGAUGUGCCCAUCACCAUGAUCUAUGGGGCCAACACCUGGAUAGAUACCAGCACAGGAAAAAAGGUGAAGUUGCAGCGGCCGGAUUCCUACGUCCGAGACCUGGAGAUUGAGGGUGCAUCGCACCACGUCUACGCUGACCAGCCGCACAUCUUCAAUGCCGUGGUGGAGGAGAUCUGCAACUCGGUUGAUUGAGCUGCUCUCUCUAGAGGAAGAGGAGAAAGCCAGAGAGUCACUCUCGCCUCCCUGUCUGCUUACUCACCCCUCUGUCCUUUCCUCACCAACUAACACAUGCCAGCCUGGCAGAGCCUUGGGCUGUCCCCAGAACAGGACCACAGUGACAAAGAGCACUCCUGACCCCACGCUAAGGGCUGGAGGUGGAGCCACAAGAGGCCUUGAGUGCCCUACCCUGGGAAAGAACAUAAAGGGUUGCACAGGGUCACCCAUUCUCUCCAUGCCAAGUGUCGCCUAGAUAGUGGUUGUAAAGGCUUGUACUGAGCUACAUUCCCUCCCUCUGCGCCCUUUUCUUCCUCUGGGUAAAGGAGGGCUCCCAGCCACCUUUCCUAGCUCUAGAGUGUUUGUGGGGAUAGGUCUCAUGCAAGAACAUCUUCUGCCUCCAUCACUCCCUCACCCCCAUCCCAUGCCAGUUCCACCCAGGGUCUGGCUGGGACCAGUUCCCACUACCAAGAGCAGGUCCUGGAGCUCCCUUCGCCUGCGGAGUCCCUCCCACGACCUAAGAGGUCAUAUCCAAAGCCCUCAUUGACAGAUGAGGAAACAGGACAUGGCUGGUCCAUGGUGACACAGCUCUGUGUGAUAUGACUUCCAGCAGAGCUAAGGUUAGAACCCAGGUCUGCUGACACCCAGUGCUUAUUGCACACUUGAUUUGCUACAGUUCAAGGGAGGCACCAUUGCCAUGGGGCUGGUCCUGGUCACUGGCCAAGGAUAAGCCCAUCCCUGCCACACAUUCUGGCCCCAUUUUGCAGGGGUGCUGUUGUCCUGCCCUGUGUCUCAGCCCUGGCUCCUAACCUGGGGACACUCAAUGCUUCCUUCCUUGCCGCAUCUCCAACUGGAGGCCUCUGAGCCUCCCUCUGUGCCUUGGGCCCUGAAGCCCCACACGUAGUAUAGAGCAAAGGUGGCCCCUGGUGGAGAGGGGAGGGAAAGGCCCUUCGCCUCAGGGCCAUGUCUGGGUUCUCCAUGCCCACCAGUAUCUGCAGCAUUUUUCUACCUGCCCCCAGAGCAGAGGCCCACCGUGAGCCCCUGCCCAUGGUCCAGUUCCCUGUCCUCAUCAGCCACAGGGUGGCUCCCACUGCCUGACCCUCUGUCCUUGCCAUCUGUCGCCAUGGUCUCCAGCUUAUCCCAGCCCUGACCUAUGUGUCAGCCGUCUCCCAGGGGCAGGCUCCAGGUGCUGCUCUGAGGUUAGGGGCAGUGGGCUGGGCCUAGCCCCAGACCAGGGCAGCUCCUGCCUGCUCCUUCACUUUUGUAAAGCCAACCCUUUCACCAGAAUGGCAUUAACUCCUGGUGCUUUGUACUACUGGUCCAGCUGCCUUGGGCUCCUUUUCUAUAUUAAUAAAGAAAUGAGUAAAAACCGCCAA